GCGGUCCGGUCACGUCCCCCCGCGCCUGUGUGCUGGCCCGGCGCUCGCUCGCCGCCUCGCGCCAUCCCGGCGCUCCGCCCGGAGCAGCUGAUGCCCCGGUAUACAGCGACCCUGCUGAGGUGAAGGGACCGGAUGCGUGGCCAGGCGCCCGAGGCAGGGGGGCCACAGGGAGUGCACGCCCUCCAGCCGCGCUUAGCAGCAUCGCCACAGCAACCAGCAGGCAGACGGCAGCAGCCUAGGCAGGCGCUCAGGGGCCAGCAUUCCCCCACCCCGGCAGCGACAGUGGCAGUGGCAGUGGCGGCCAAGCACAGGGAAUGACUGCUACAAAUCAGGCCACGUUGCUGCCCAGGGAGGUGGAGUGGCGCUAGAAAGGAGGGUGCGGCCACUGCCCCACAGCACGGAGCGCCAUGCCGGCUGGAGAAGACGUGCUGGGGCAGGGGCUGCAGCGUGGCACCUCCCAGGCCCCCCACCAGCACUGAGCACCCUGAGGGAGGCCGGCUCUCCUUCACUCCACCGGGGCGCACUGUAGUGUCCCCCUGCUGUGGUUGAGGCAGAGCAGGUGAGAGGGAGAGGUGCCUUGCCCCGUGAGCCCCCCUUCCCACCCUCCCCCUGACAUCUGGGCCCGCCACUGCCAGACCAUGGGAUGUCGGCAAAGCUCAGAGGAGAAAGAGGCGGCGCGGCGGUCCCGGAGAAUCGACCGCCACCUGCGCUCUGAGAGCCAGCGGCAGCGCCGCGAGAUCAAGCUGCUCCUGCUGGGCACCAGCAACUCGGGCAAGAGCACCAUCGUCAAGCAGAUGAAGAUCAUCCACAGCGGCGGCUUCAACCUGGAGGCCUGCAAAGAGUACAAGCCCCUCAUCAUCUACAACGCCAUCGACUCGCUGACUCGCAUCAUUCGGGCCCUGGCCGCCCUCAAGAUCGACUUCCACAACCCCGACCGGGCCUAUGAUGCCGUGCAGCUGUUCGCACUGACAGGGCCGGCAGAGAGCAAGGGUGAGAUCACCCCGGAGCUUCUGGGUGUCAUGAGGCGGCUGUGGGCCGACCCUGGGGCACAGGCCUGCUUUGGUCGCUCCAGCGAGUACCACCUGGAGGACAACGCCGCCUACUACCUGAACGACCUGGAGCGCAUCGCUGCGCCCGACUACAUCCCCACCGUCGAGGACAUCCUGCGCUCGCGGGACAUGACCACGGGCAUUGUGGAGAACAAGUUCACCUUCAAAGAGCUCACCUUCAAGAUGGUGGACGUGGGUGGGCAGAGGUCGGAGCGCAAAAAGUGGAUCCACUGCUUCGAGGGCGUCACGGCCAUCAUCUUUUGCGUGGAGCUUAGCGGCUACGACCUGAGGCUGUACGAGGACAAUCAGACGAGUCGAAUGGCAGAGAGCCUGCGGCUGUUCGACUCCAUCUGCAACAACAACUGGUUCAUCAACACCUCACUCAUCCUCUUCCUGAACAAGAAGGACCUGCUGGCCGAGAAGAUCCGGCGCAUCCCGCUCACCAUCUGCUUCCCCGAGUACAAGGGCCAGAACACGUACGAGGAGGCCGCCGUCUACAUCCAGCGGCAGUUCGAGGACCUGAACCGCAAUAAGGAGACCAAGGAGAUCUACUCGCACUUCACCUGCGCCACUGACACCAGUAACAUCCAGUUUGUGUUCGACGCCGUGACAGACGUCAUCAUCCAGAACAAUCUCAAGUACAUUGGCCUGUGCUGAGGCACCGGUGCCGCAGCCCACCUGCCAGGGAUGAGACCAGUCACGGGGUGUCACACCCCAAACCCGUGCUAGAGAGGCCCCCUACCAAGGGCAGAGGCCUGGGGAGUGGCCCCCCCUCCCCAUCUCCACAAACAUACAUAUAUACAGAUAGAUCGCUAGGUAAACACACACAUGCACACGUCCACACGUCGGAGAAGAUGAAGUUCUUGAAAGCGUCCAGGCGUCUCGCAAACUCCGGGGGACUGUCCCAAGUCCACCACUAGCCCAUCCUGCCCCUUCACUUUGCCUUCCUGAGCGGGGGCUCCUCCACCUUCUGGGCGGAGGAGGUCCCGGCGGCUGCGGGGGGACUGCCCGGGGGGAGGCAGGGCCGGAGCCCAGGCUCUGGACUGGGCCACCUUGCUGCUGGCCUCACGUACUCACAGCUACUCUGCACCGUGUCCAUUGCAGACUGGGGGACCCGGGGCGGGGGCACCACGUGACAGCACCAACCAGACCUCCAGCCACUCACAGCUCUUUUUAAACAGCUUCGAAAUAUGCAGCAAAAAUCUGACACAAUAAAAUGAGUGGCACCACCGAUCAAUCUCAAAACUAGGCCGGCUGGGUUUCCAGCUUUUCUUGUACUACUAGUCUCAUGAUGUUUUAUAAAUUGAAAUCUGGAUUUUUUUUUUUUCCUUUUCUGACAUCCCUGGUUUUUUUUUUUUUUUUUAAUUAUUAUUAUUUUUGGUUUUGGUUUGGUUUGGUUUUUUGGUUUUCUUGGCCAAACCUCGUGGGUGUUUCACAAAAAAGAAAAAACACAAAAAUACAGGAAAUAUUUCCAAUGCAGUCCGAGUAUUCCUUUUUUAAAAAAAAUUGCAGAUUUUUUCAAAGCCUAUUUUUUUUUUCUUUCAGGUGGUCCUUUCUUGUGUCUGGCUUGCCGAGUGUCCAAAAGUUGUCCACGUGGGCAGCCACGUGGCAGCCCCGUGGGCACACGUUUGUACAUACGCCUCCUCUGCAGCGUGUGUCCUCUUGUUCUUGGUGCGGUUUCCCGCUUUGUUUUUAUUUCAGAAAAUAAACGUGUGAUGUAUUGAAGAGCAGUUCUUCACCUAGGAGCAGGUGGACUGACGGACGGGGAGCUGAGGGUCUCGGGAGCCCAAGUUCUGUGGCUUGGCCUGGGGAGGGGAAGGGAUGGGAGCCGGGCCGGGCUGAGCCGUGACUCCUGUGAAGGCGCAGCAGUGUGGCCUGAGGGAGGCCCUGCUGAGACCCAGCCCCGGCCUUCCUGUCCCCCCACCCCUGCAGCGGAGGGGAGAAUCCGUUCUCGCCCUGUAUUCAGUAGCCAAGGUCAGCGGACCGAGUCACAGCCAAGGACUCUUGAGGGUCAUACUGUGGGAAGGGGAAGAGAGGAGCCGAGAGGGUGAAGGGAAGUCACGGACUGUCUACUUUACGAAAAAUAAAAUAUGCUGAAUGGA